AUGACCAAGUGUCAGCACCGAUUGCCAGCUCUCACUAGUGUUUCCCCACCAUCUCGCCACCGUUUCACCCAACAGUCCGCGCAAAUGGCGACAGUCGCAGCAAGUUCGCUCAUCGACGCCAGCCACAGCUCUGGUGUACUCAUUACGGGUGGAAAUUUCAACCAGAAUAUCAUUCACAAGGGGGUUGGUGCUGGCAAAGGAAUCAAAGCACUCUAUACCCAUGUCGACCCUGGUUUGUUCCAUAACUCGCGCGAGCGGGGGAGGACCAGCAUGUGUCCACGGUGCAAACUCCUCUUACCCAUAGAAGAGGACAAAGACCUCGUUAGCAGAAUCACCAACCGAUCUCCACAGGGGUCCUUCACCACCGGCUCAAAAAUCAGUACAGUCGUAGAGUAA